CGAUCAACUGCAGUUACUACUUGACCACCAACAGCAGCGUUUCAGAAAGAGCCAGUUGAAUGUUUUGGACAAUUUACGCACACGACUGCUAGAUCUCCCAUGUUUCGGAGAUGUGACAGAAAUUGAUGAAGUAAUUUCUCACUUGCAUACUGAACUCGAAAAUGCGGUAUGAAUGUGCCAAUAAAAGCCUCUAUGAAUCCCUGACAAGCAGUAAUGCAAACGAGGCAGUCGCUCAUGAUCCGUCCAGCGAUCCAGAAAUGUCCAAUUCAGAAACAUACCCUGUCGUGGGUUCAAAUCCCACUGUGCCCGAAACAUGUACAGACAGUGAGGCAUCCAGCUCAAAAGAAGAACCCCUGGUGCCAGAAAAUAUGUCACAUGCAUCAAAUAAUAGUCAAGAACCUGGUGCAGUUUUGUCGCACGCUGACUAUCCCAGUGAUCAACUAUCUACUAAUAAGAUUUUCAAGAAUUUCGACGACAAUGCUCCAGAAGAUUCAAACUCUGAUGACUUCGAAUUGAAUGGCGUUUUUCCUCACGAUCCGGUCACUCUUACUGGAUUCCUUGUUCCAUAUGAUGUAAAUGCAGUCAAAUUAAUUGUAACUUCGGGAUAUGAAGACUCAACAAUAUUUCGCGGGGUUGGACGGACGUGGAGAAUUUUAAAAUCCGGAUAUCAACUCCGGAUCUCCAAAAAAGGGAGGUGUUAGGAUGUUCAGAGAGAUAUACCAAUAAUUAUCAUGUUAAGUCUAAUGGUGGCCUUGGACUUUAAAUGUACACUCCCUAUUGGUCGAUAUUUAUUUGACUUGUUGAAUAUUGUGUAAAUGUUGUUUUCUAUUUUAUGGUACGAUGUGGUCUGGUUGAUUGGUAUAUAAAUAGAGUAUGUCUGAAAUAUA